AUGGCUUUGUCGAUCGAACCUGCUGCAGCUCAGAUGCCGGCCGGUGGUGGCAAAUCAGCGCAUACGCUUGCGAAUGCUGGCGAGUCGAAGCUGAUCUUCAAGGUGAAGUGCUCGAACAACAACGACUACAGAUUGAAGCCUGUAUUUGGUUUUGUCGACGCAUCAGGGAAUUUGCCGCUUGAGAUUACACGAACGGUAAGAGAACGAGUUAUAGAUGAACGAACUAUAAUUACUACUUAG